CCGCUCCUCUCAGUCCUUCCCCACACCCUCGCUCUUCCUUGCUCCGUCUGCCACCGCAAACGCCGCCCUGCGAUCACGUCCGCUGCCCGGGUCCGGAUGCCACCCUUCUUUUUUUUUUCCCUUCCCUCCUGCGGGCGGUCGAGCCGACCCCAUCGGUUUGGAGCUCCCACGGCGCCCAGCCCAGGGGUUGAACACGAGGCGUUGCGUUGGGAGGGGCCACGUACCCCAACGGCAACAGAGAUGGGAGCGAGCGAACUAAAUGCCCUUCCUUUUUCAGUCAGCCCUUUAGGUUAGAACUAAAUGCCCCUCUUACUCUGUGAGCGAAAGACGGGAACAGAGAUGGGAGGAGAAAGACUGAUGGAAGCUCCUACUACGCCGCCACCUCCGUGGGCCAGAGGGAGCUUCCAAGAUAAAUUCAAGAACGGAAGACCCCUAAUCUGCAAUUUUCCAAUCUUUCCAUCUCAUCACCAUCAAAGUAUCUCGAUCUUGAAGUUCUUCCUCCUGAUCCGGCAAUGUGGAGGCUUAAGAUUGCGCAGGGCGGCAGCCCGUGGCUGAAGACGACAAACAACCAUGUAGGGAGGCAGGUGUGGGAAUUUGAUCCGAAUAUGGGCACGGCUGAAGAGAUUGCUGCAGUCGAGAAGGCCCGUGAGCUGUUUCUGCAUUAUUCCUAAGUUACAGGCUGAUGCCCUUCUGUCAACUUGUCUUAGGAAAAAGAAAUAUGAGAAUACGCAUUUCAUUCAUCUUGCUGAAUUAGUUGAUUAUACUUUUAUCUGUUACUGGGGCAUUAAAUACUGUUUUAUCACCAGAGCACCAGCGGGAGAUUCGCCGUUACCUCUACAAUCAUCAGGCAUCCGCAAUUAAAAACGUCCUCAAACAAAGAUGGUGGCUGGGGUUUGCAUAUAGAAGGCCGCAGCACCAUGUUUGGUUCAGCCUUGUCAUAUGUUUCGUUGAGGUUGCUGGGUGAAGGACCCGAUGAUGGAGACGGGGCAAUGCAAAAAGCACGAACUUGGAUUCUAGACCAUGGUGGUGCUUGGAGUGUUUGAAUGGUCUGGCAACAACCCACUACCCCCACAGAUGUGGUUACUCCCAUAUUUUCUGCCUGUUCAUCCAGGACGAAUGUGGUGCCACUGCCGGAUGGUUUAUUUGCCCAUGUCCUAUAUAUAUGGAAAGAGGUUUGUGGGUCCAAUUACACCUACAGUUUUAUCACUCAGGAAGGAGCUAUAUUCUUGUCCCUAUCAGCAAAUAGAUUGGAAUCGGGCUCGAAAUGAGUGCAAAGUUCUUCCUCCUGAUCCGGCAAUGUGGAGGCUUAAGAUUGCGCAGGGCGGCAGCCCGUGGCUGAAGACGACAAACAACCAUGUAGGGAGGCAGGUGUGGGAAUUUGAUCCGAAUAUGGGCACGGCUGAAGAGAUUGCUGCAGUCCAGAAGGUCCGUGAGCUGUUUCGGGAGCAUCGUUUUGAGAUGAAGCACAGUGCUGAUCUCCUCAUGCGAUUGCAGUUUGCAAAGGAUAAUCCACUUGAAAUAAACCUCCCCAACAUCAAGCUAGAAGACCAUGACGAUGUUACAGAAGAAGUUGUAUUGACAUCUGUAAGAAGGGCCAUUAGCUGUUAUUCUACUCUCCAAGCACAUGAUGGUCACUGGCCUGGGGACUUUGGCGGCCCAAUGUUCCUUAUGCCUGGCUUGAUUAUAGUUUUAUCCGUUACUGGGGCAUUAAAUACUGUUUUAUCACCAGAGCACCAGCGGGAGAUUCGCCGUUACCUCUACAAUCAUCAGAACAAAGAUGGUGGCUGGGGUUUGCAUAUAGAAGGCCACAGCACCAUGUUUGGUUCAGCCUUGACAUAUGUUUCAUUGAGGUUGCUGGGUGAAGGACCUGAUGAUGGAGACGGGGCAAUGCAAACAGCACGAACUUGGAUUCUAGACCAUGGUGGUGCGACGGCCAUAACAUCAUGGGGAAAAUUUUGGCUCUCUGUACUUGGAGUGUUUGAAUGGUAUGGAAACAACCCACUACCCCCAGAGAUGUGGUUACUCCCAUAUUUUCUGCCUGUUCAUCCUGGACGAAUGUGGUGUCACUGCCGGAUGGUUUAUUUGCCCAUGUCCUAUAUAUAUGGAAAGAGGUUUGUGGGUCCAAUUACACCUACAGUUUUAUCACUGAGGAAGGAGCUAUAUGCUUGUCCCUAUCAGCAAAUAGAUUGGAAUCGGGCUCGAAAUGAGUGUGCAAAGGAAGAUUUGUACUAUCCCCACCCGCUGAUACAGGACAUAAUUUGGGCUUCACUUCAUAAAGUUGUAGAACCUGUUCUAAUGCAUUCGCCUGGGAGCAUGUUGAGAGAGAAGGCUUUGCAUAUUGUGAUGCAACAUAUUCAUUAUGAAGAUGAGAGUACUCGAUAUAUUUGUAUUGGUCCUGUUAACAAGGGGGCUUUCUAUUACGAGCAAGGUUCAUCGUCUCGGUACCGGACCCUAUACCGGUGCCACACUGGCGCCGUAUCGGUACAAUACGGUAUGGGGUCUUUUCGGUGUAUCGAGUGUCAAGACCCCUCUCGUAUCAGUACCAGUACCAAACCGGUAUGGUGCGGCGCGAGGUGUACCGUUCGGUUCGGCCCGGUACUAAAUAUGCUUUCCUGCUGGAUUGAAGAUCCAAAUUCAGAAGCAUUCAAGUUGCACCUUCCAAGAGUCUAUGAUUAUUUGUGGAUUGCAGAAGAUGGCAUGAAAAUGCAGGGUUAUAAUGGCAGCCAAUUGUGGGAUACAGCUUUCACAGUUCAAGCAAUUAUCUCAACUGACCUUUCUGAAGAAUAUGGUCCUACUCUUAAGCGGGCACAUGACUACAUAAAAGACUCACAGGUUCUUGAAGAUUGCCCUGGUGAUCUUAGUUUCUGGCAUCGCCACAUCUCUAAAGGUGGAUGGACCUUUUGUACAGCAGAUCAUGGAUGGCCCGUAUCAGAUUGCACAGCAGAAGGAUUGAUGGCUUCAGUAUUGUUGUCGAAGAUCUCUCCAGAAAUCGUUGGUGAACCAUUAUGUGCAGGGCGGAUUUAUGAUGCUGUUAAUGUCAUUCUUUCCCUUAUGAACAGAGAUGGUGGUUUUGCAGCUUAUGAGCUUACAAGAUCCUAUGCUUGGUUGGAGGUGAGUACUUGUAAAUGUAUAUUUCCUUGUUUACAGUUUCUCCAUGGCAUUUUUAUCUUUACUUAUUUUUGAACUGAGAAGAUGUAUUUGUGUAUAAUCCCCUAAUUCCUUUUCAGCUUCUUGGAAAUUUAUUCAGAUAAAAGUAUUUGCCUUGCGCAUUUGCAUGGCUUCCUCUUGUAUCUAUGCAACCGGUGAAUAAGAAAGCACCCUUAAUUUUAUAGUCAAGUUUGUGAGGUCUUUUCCUUUUUCAGGGUAUCUUUUUGAAGCUAGUACUUUUGAUACUCUAGAUUGCAUCUCCAGAUAAAGGCAGACCAUACUUAUGAAUGUUACUUUUUAGAGAAUAUAUUAGAAAGCUUCAUGUUUUUAUUAAGAUUAUCGAAUGAAUUUGUAAAUUUCAUAGUUUGUUCCACUACUGCUGCAAAUCCAAAAUCUCUUUGAGUCUUUGACAAUGUCUUAAAACAGUAGGCAUGUUGAUCCUCAAGCUACACUGCAGUUCCAGAUUGAGCUCGGUUCUAUUGAUAACAAAUGCAGUUUCUUGCUGAACCCAGACUUGUUGUAUGAGAUUGAUUAAUAACCUAGAAACAUUUUCCCGAUGUUUUUUUGACCAGUUUCUUGUGCAGAGGCUGUCAAUCAGUUUUGUUUUAAAUACACUCUUGGUGGGUCAGUCUAUGAAUAUGUUUGAGUCUUCAAUUAUGCUUAUUUGUCUAUCUAGAUAUUGAAGGUGAACUAUUAAAAUUUUGUUAUCCCGGCGAUUUCAUGAAUUCCCUAUGAACCAUAAACUCGUGGUUUGAACAAAAUCACAUGAAGUCCUCCUUGCAAAAAGUACAGAAAAAGUGAGCUUCAAGAAUUUAUGAAGGAUAGAUGAUGUAGUUAAUUAUAAAAGCAUAGAGGUGCCAAGGGUGGUGUUACAUCCAACAAGAAGACCAGCAAUAUUUAUCCAAAUGAGAUGGUGCAAAUCCAGGACACCCUUAAUGGAGAUGAAUUGUGAAAGUGAUUUGGACAACCAUGAUUUAGUUAUGAAAGUGGCAUUCUGUUUUUGUGUAAGUUGUGUUGUUUGUUAUCAGUUAAGGUAGAGAUUGUUGAUUACACAUACGUGGUGCUUUCUGCACCAAGUUUCCGUUAUUAUUGGCUUGACUACUAGAAUGAUAAACAUUUGGUGGCAUAGGGUAAGAUUUUUUUUUUUUUAAUCAUUUUUCAAAUUGUUAGUAAAAUGCAAUAUAGAAGUGUGAUAAAUUGUAUUUAAAACAUUAUGUAGGUUUGUCAAAACCCUCAUGGUGCCAUUACGAUAUUGUAACAGCUGUUAGGAAAACAUAUUAUUUGGAAAAAUAAAGAAUCAUAUUAAAUAAGAGGCCUACUUAUAAGCCGAGCCUCAUUGAGUAUCAAUACAGAAUUACAGAUUAUUAUCAUUGUGCUAAUAUUGAGUAUAUAUUAAGCUUAUUUAGCAUAUCACAAAAUCUAUAUCAUAAUAUAGAUAGGACUAUGACAAAUAAAUAUGUUUUUUUCUUUUAUUUUAGUAAGUUUUUCUUACCAAUAAUACUAAUACUAAUAUGAUUAAUAUUGUUGCUAAGCUUUGAUCUUGUUUCAUGCUAUUUAAAAUAAUUUUUUGAUAUUAAUAUUAUGAUAUACUAUCACUAUAAAUUU